GAUGAGUGAUUGGACUGCCAAACUGUAACAUGGACAAACACAGUUUUUUGUGCUGCUUUGCACUAUAAACAGUGAGCAUGGCCAAACCUGACAUCCAUAUGCUUACAGAAGAAUUGUGCUGAACUGGAUAGAUGAGAAAAAGCAAAACCUCCAAACCUGCACAAGCCUCCAGUAUGCUAUAAGGCUCUUCCAUGCCCAUUAUUAGCCCAGGUAACUGUCCCGAGAAGACUUCACAGCACAAGUUUUGGGUGUCAUUGUUGAUUCUGAAGCUGGGCGUAUGUUGCUGGAGUUAACAGUGCUAAGACUAUUUCUGGUUUUCAUCUUAAAAUAGCUCCUAGCCUUUGUGCUGGUGUUGGUAUUAACCUUUUGUUAACAUCAUCUGCAGCAGGUUGUCGGUUGCUGUUCAUGGACUGAAGACAGACAAUAAUGGAAUCUUGGAGUGGCAGGUGCUGACGGACACAGUAGUUCCGAGCUUGAAAACCAUGGGGAAUGCUGAGAGUCAAAAUGGAGAUCAAGCUUUCUACUCAGAUGAUCACGUACGAUUGGGCCGGAAACAUACAUCAAGAUCUCUUCGAAUUACUAAUAAGUCUGGUCGCAGGGCACGGCAUGCUUCUUCAGGAAAAAUUGUACAUAGAAAUUCUGAGGCGAGUACCAGGUCAAGUAGCACACCAAGCAUUCCCCAGUCUUUGGCUGAAAAUGGCCUUGAACCUUUCAAUCAGGAAUCCAACAUAGAGGACUUCAGUGGCCCUGUUUGGGUAGAUAGGGUUGGUAUGAACUUGAGGCCUGUGUCAUGUCACACUGACUCUUCUGUCACUCCCAGCAUGGACAGUACAGUUCUGACCACAGCUUCCAUGCAGAGCAUGCCAGGGUCUGAUGGUAGGCCAUAUGGUGAUAAAUCAACAUUACUGCAAAGAACGGAUGGCAGUGUGCCGACACUUUCUACGAAUGGAUCUUUGUUUGCACAGAGUGCAAAAUAUAAGAAAAAACGGUCAAAAUCUGCAGACAUCUGGAGAGAAGACAGUAUGGAAUUUUCUUUGUCUGAUGUUAGUCAGGACCAUUUAACCAGCAACGAAGAAAUCUUGGGUACUUCUGAGGACAAGUCUUGUGAGGAGCUAGAGAGGAUUCAGGCUGAUGACAGCUCAGCAGGACUGAAACAGAUGGACUCUAGUCACCGUGCCAAUUCUUUAAGUCACUUGUAUGGCCAAAAAAGUCCAAGUGCAAUAAGAAAUGCGUCUCCCAAACAUAGGUUGAAAGGGUGCUCCCGAAAUUUGAUGCCCCAGUCACAAGGUACCAAUACACCACAUGAUGCAAAUCAUAAAACAGCAAUGACCUGUGAAGAGGAUACUCCAUAUGGUGCUUAUACACUUCCCUGCAGGAAGUCACACUGCCUUUCUGAAGGUGCCUCAAGCCAGCAUCUUAGCCACAGUACCAGCAUGCAUGGCCGAAGAUCUAAAACUACCCAGGACAUUACAGCCAGAGAAGGGAAUGAAUUUGCAGACAGUGGGAUUGAUGGUGCUGCAACAGAUGGCGAUCUUCUGUGCCAGCAUUCGAGUAUUACCUCUUCUCCUUAUUCUCCAACAACUACGAAUUUCAUUGGGAGUGACAGCGGUAGCAGUUCUGCUGGAGAUGCAAGCCAUCAAGGAAUAUAUGAGAAUUUCAGACGUGAGCUUGAAAUGAGCACAAACAAUGCAGAAAACUUGGAAGAAGCUGGAUCGGCACUGAGUGAUGAACAGAGCUGUAGCACGUGGAGCUCUCUUGGACACUCCGAUAUUCUGCUUUCCACAGCGCAGGGCACAGUUCGUAAAACAGGAUCUUUGGCUGUGAAAAACAUUUUGGUGCAUAAGAAAAAUAAAAAGGUUGAGUUGGCUACAAGGAGGAAAUGGAAGCAGUACUGGGUUUCUUUAAAAGGCUGUACAUUGUUAUUUUAUGAGACAGAUGGCAGAUCUGGAAUAGACCAAAGCAGCAUCCCAAAGCAUGCUGUUUGGGUGGAAAACAGCAUUGUGCAAGCAGUACCUGAACAUCCAAAGAAAGACUUUGUUUUCUGCCUCAGUAAUUCACUUGGGGAUGUCUUCCUGUUUCAGACAACUAGCCAGACGGAGCUGGAAAACUGGAUCACUGCAGUCCAUUCAGCUUGUGCAGCAGCAGUGGCCAGGCAGCAUCAUAAAGAUGACACGGUCAAGUUGCUCAAAUCAGAAAUCAAGAAACUGGAGCAGAAGAUUGACAUGGAUGAGAAAAUGAAGAAAAUGGGAGAGAUGCAGCUGUCUUCUGUUACAGACGCCAAGAAAAAGAAGACGAUCCUGGAGCAGAUUUCAGUCUGGGAACAAAACCUUGAGCAAUUCCAAAUGGACCUCUUCAGGUAUCGCUGUUACUUAGCUAGUCUUCAGGGAGGAGAAUUGCCAAAUCCAAAACGACUUCUUGCAUUUGCAAGUCGACCAACCAAAGUUGCAAUGGGACGCCUUGGAAUUUUCACAGUAUCUUCCUUCCAUGCACUGGUGGCAGCUCGUACAGAAUCUGGUGUAAGGAGGCGAACACAGGUGAUGUCUAGAUCAGUAAGCAAACGGAGGAGCAGGUUUUCCUCCCUCUGGGGUCUUGAUAACACUUCUAAGAAGAAAUCAAAAGGAAGGCCUAGUGUCAAUCAGGUCUUUGUUGAUGGGGCUGAUCCAGUAAAGAAAUCUCUAGAAGGAGUGUUUGAUGAAACUGAUGCAGACAGAAAGGAAAAAGACAUUGCAUUGAGUACUAUCCACCAGAACAGUACUGACAGCGAUAUGUGGGUUCAUGACUGUCUCACCCCAUCUUGGGUCAGUCUGCCAAAUGACCAGCCUAUAUUGGCCGUAAUCCAUCCGGAUGACACUGCAAGGGAUGUCCUGCAAAUUGUCUGCAAGGCACACCAGCUAGAUGAAGAAAAACAUUACUUACGUCUGAAAUUCCUGAUAGAAAAUCAAGUGCAUUACUAUGUACCAAGGCCAGAGGAAGAGGUGUAUGAUCUAUUUUACAAAGAGGUUGAAAUACAUCGUAAAACUGUGCGGAACAUUCAGAUGAGCAGGUCUGGUGCAUCAUCUUUAAAUUAUGGUUUCUCCAUCUCAGCUUUGGAAGAGGAAGGCGUUCUCAGGCAUUACAUUACUGAUGUGAAAGACGGGGGAUUAGCAUUUUCAAAAGGCCUAAAAGUAGGAGAUGAAGUUGUUCAAGUAAAUGGAAAUCAUACAAGGGCUCUAAAUGUAGUGGACCUUAAAGCUGCUCUGAGUAAGCCUUCUCUGAACCUUCGCGUUUAUACCUAUCCAUCAUCAGAACAGGAAAAGGCACUGAGCCAGUCACUGCCACGUCGAUCAGAAGGAGCAGCUGAAGUGCGAGAUGAGUUGUUUACGUCUGCUUGUCCAGGAACUAUCUGUGGUGAUGAACAACCAAAUGAGGUCGAAAUUGUCUCUGAAGAAACUGAUAGCCAUUUGGAUGUAUUUGAUCCAUCUGAAGAAAUCACUAAGAGUACAGAACAAGUCGCAGCAUUCUGUCGCAGUCUUCAUGAGAUGAAUCCUUCUGAGGGGUCUUCAGAACCACAGGAUUUGACAGGACCACAGCUGGCAACGAUGCGACAAUUAACAGAUGCUGACAAACUGCGCAAAGUCAUUUUUGAACUGGUGGAAACGGAGCGCACUUAUGUGAAAGACCUGAAUUGCCUCAUUGAGCGAUACCUUAAGCCACUUCAGAAUGAAAAAUUCCUCACUCAAGAUGAGCUUGAUGUCCUUUUUGGGAAUUUGACAGAGAUGGUGGAGUUUCAAGUUGAAUUUCUGAAGACUCUUGAGGAUGGCGUAAGGCUCGUGCCUGACCUUGAAAAGCUAGAGACAGUGGAUCAGUUUAAGAAGGUGUUAUUUUCCCUCGGUGGAUCUUUUCUGUAUUAUGCCGACCGAUUCAAGAUCUACAGUGCUUUCUGUGCCAGCCACACAAAGGUGCCAAAAGUAUUGGUAAAAGCCAAAAUUGAUCCUGCAUUUAAGGCCUUCCUGGAUGCCCAGAAUCCUAAGCAACAACAUUCAUCCACUCUGGAAUCUUACCUCAUCAAGCCAAUCCAACGUGUCCUUAAGUACCCUUUGCUGCUCAAGGAGCUCUUUUCUUUAACCGACUCAGACAGUGAAGAACAUUAUCAUCUGGAUGUUGCAAUGAAAGCCAUGAACAAAGUUGCCAGUCAUAUAAAUGAAAUGCAGAAAAUUCAUGAGGAGUACGGUGCUGUCUUUGAUCAGCUCAUAGCAGAACAAACAGGAGAGAAAAAAGAGGUGGCCGAUUUAUCAAUGGGCGAUCUCAUCCUGCACACUACAGUAACGUGGCUUAACCCUCCUUUGUCUCUGGGAAAGUGCAAGAAGGACCCUGAGCUGGCAGCUUUUGUCUUCAAAAUGGCCGUUGUAUUUGUACAUAAAGACAGCUCUAAACAGAAGAAAAAGCUGGGAGGAUCUCACAGAGCUUCUAUUAUUGAAGAUCGAGACCUUCUCCGGUUUCGUCACAUGAUACCCACAGAAGCAUUACAAGUUCGGCCUCUGACUACAGCAGACACAGAAUCAAAUGCAGUAUGUGAAAUUGUGCAUGUGAAGUCUGAAUCUGAAGGAAGACCAGAGAGAGCGUUUCACCUCUGCUGCAGCUCUUCAGAUGGCAAGAAGGCAUUUUUAAAGGCUGUACAAUCUAUUUUACGGGAUAAACAGCGACGGCAGCUUCUGAAAACUGAAAGUUUGCCCUUAUCACAGCAGUAUGUUCCUUUUGGAGGAAAGCGAUUGUCUGCUCUUAAAGGGGCAAGACCUGUAAUGAACAGAGCAGCUUCAGCCCCGAGCAGGACUCUGGGGAGAAGGAAACUGGCAAAAAAUCGAUACACCAUAGAUUCCGAUGACUCUUGUGACAGCACUCCCAUGACACCAGCCCAGCAUUCUGAGAGUGGCAGUGGUGAUACAGACCGCUGGGUAGAAGAACAGUUUGAUCUGGCUCAGUACGAGCAGCAAGAUGAUGUGAAAGAGACCGAUAUUCUUAGCGAUGAUGACGAAUAUUGUGAGUCCUUGAAAGGGUCAUCACUUGAACUGGAAGAUCAGUUAGAGGGUAUUUCUGUUUCAACUGAUGAAGCAGAUGAGACACCAAAUGUCCUGGAUCUGCAUGUGACCAGGAUGUCCCACCUAAAGAAACAAAAUGCUGUAUCCGGACUCAAUGGCAUUGUGGACAGUAGUAGUGAAGAGGUGAUCUGGGUCAGGCGAGAGGAUUUUGUACCUACUAAAAAACUUAACACAGAGAUUUAAGUACUGUUUCUAUUGUCACAUAAUGUAAAUAGCAUUUUCUUUUUGCCCCAUACACUGCGGAAAACAAUCCUUCUUGUCUCACACAGUCGUUGGCAGCUUAUUGUGUUUGAAACAAUCCUCCUUGUCUCACACAGUCGUUGGCAGCUUAUUGUGUUUGAAAGCCAUGGAGCCACAUGUACGAAAUUGAAAAAAGGGAAGGAAAAGGCAGAGGUUUGCAAAACUUGAAAUGGAAUAAACUUGAGUUUCCUUUCUUCAGCUGUAAAAAUAUUAAGGGCUUUUAAAUAUAUUUAUUUUAUUGAAAUCAGGGGUUUAAAGAGGACUCUAUAGUUGUAUCACUGGAUAUGUUACUGAACUGUGGUAUGCAGCACGUGAGGGAACAGACAGCGCACAGAACAAAAACUUCCUGUCAAGUAUUGCUGAGGUCACUGUAGUAAUGUAAAAAGGCUACCUUUUAAUAAGUUGACAUGGUUGUAAUAUUGAUUUCUUAAGCCUUUCACUUCUGGAAAAUCAUAGUAGUUGUGCAUUUUAAGGGCAGCAUUAGUGUUUGCUGCAAACAUUUGAUUUUCUGUUUUAUCUGUUUACUGAUGCAUUAUAGUUUAACUUCCUAGAACACUUUUAGGGAAAGACUGUCAACAGCAAAGAAACCUUUUAGGUCAGAAUUAUGUCUGUACAAAUUGUUCAUUUUGUUUCCUUGCAGUUGUGUUAGUGCCAACUUCCAAGUGCUGUUGUGUAUAAGUAUGUAUUUAGAUAAUAUACGUGAAGUGCCAAGUUGUAAUAGCAUGGGCAGCAUUGACCAGCACAAGGAAAACUGCAAGUGGAAAUGCCUGCUGCAAGGAUCAUGAUGUUCUAGAGGCUUCUAGCAGCAUGUAAGCUGUAGCUGCGCUGUGUUAAGCGAUCACUGAGACAUGUAGCUGAACAUUUGUUGAGUCUGGUAAGACUGCACUUUACUCUGUGCCACUUAAGGUGUAAAUCAACUUUUGAAGUUUUCUAUGGUAAACUGCAAUUUAGCACUCGCGUCAGAUGAAAUGUUUCUUCUUAAAGCUGGUUUACAUUCACAAUUUCUCAGAUCCAGUAGUAGAAAAUUUAGAAACUUUAUAAAAUUAUGCAGUGUUUACUUUUCCAAAAUGAAUACUAUUUCAUGGAAAUUUAGUAUAGUUUAACAAGGAUUUCUGUGUAAUUUUAGAUGGAUGUGAAUUGACGCUUUCAUUUCUGCCAUACGUUUGUUACUUUUGAAAAAUAUCCUUUUUGGGUUGAACUUCCUAAUUAAGAAUUGGCCAGUUGUAAAAAUGUUUUUUUUGGCAGAACAAGAAAUGUAAGUCUUCAGUUAUGCCUUCAGCCAAAACAAAUGUUGUACUUAUUGUGCCUUCUCCCUGCACUGUCCUACACCUGUGCCUCCCCAGCAGUGAUGGCUAGGAUGUGGAGUAGGGACUCAGUGAGGCCCUGCACCUUUUAGUACUUCAUUUCAUAAGCGAGUCUGAGGCAAGCUUGCCCAUCAUAGUUUAGGUUAACACUCACUGUUAAUUAAAAAUAAGGCCAGUAACUUUGGUUGUAAAGGUCACCAAAAAGACCACAAGUUGUGUUGGCUUAAAGCUGCUACUGGUCUGGAUACGAUUCAGACAGAUAACAGUGACGUUGAAGGUAUUUAACUCAUUGCUACAUCACACAGCUACUUCGUUUCCCUGUUUUUAUUUGGUUUCAUAUUUCCUUUUAAUUUCUGAUGAGCUCAGGUGAAAAACAUUUCAAAAACUGCAGUCCCACAUAUGACACCCUAUACUCAAAAAGGAAUUAAACUAGGAAACAGUUUGUGAAGCACCUUAUGCAGGUUUCUGGGAGGAAACAUGGUGCGUUUUGGUUCAGUCCCAUGCUGUGUAGGAUGCAGUACAUCUAGAGACUGUUGUGCCUGUCUUUAUAGAGCCGAUUAAUAUGAAAAUAUAAACCAAUGUCGACAGAAUGUCUUGGUGUACUUUGCUCAUGCAGCAGUAGUUUUGUAUUCCUGUUCCAAGCUUUGGGGCUCAAGAAAAACACUCUCAGCUAGCAUUGUAGUUGUUUAAUGGAGCUGCAGUUUUUCCUGUUAUAGUUUUAAUUUUCUCAUAGCAACUAUGGUCCAGUAAACAGGUGAAUGUUAAUAAAAUAAACAAUAGUUUGUCACAGUCAAGCCUGAAAGUUCUCAAAUCUAUGUGCAGAUUUGAGUUUGGGCAUGUGCCAUUAUUCUCUGUACAUAGUGUCAGGUCUCGGGUGCUCGUAUCAGAGCUUGUUUAAUAUAUUUCUUUUGUAAACUGAGAAAAGGUAUAUUUUUGUUUUUAGGUCUACCAAGCUGAAAAGUUGUAAAUGCUUGUAAAACAUAAUAAAAUGUGCUGAACAUG